AUGCUAAAUGUAGUGGAAGGCAUCUUCCUUUCUGUUGCAAUUAUUGAGUCCAUCCUGGGAGUUGUAGGGAAUGGAUUUAUUGCACUUGUGUUCUGCAUUGACUGUGUCAAGAGUAAGCUCUCUAUGCUUGGCUUUAUUCUCACUGGCUUAGCAAUUUCUAGAAUUUGUCUGAUAUGGAUAAUAAUGAUAGAUGUAUUAAUGAAGGUCUUGUCUCCAUAUACUUAUUACUCUAGUAACUUAAAUGAAUAUAUUGGUUACAUGUGGGUAAUUAUCAACCAUUCCAGUAUCGGUUUUGCCACCAGCCUCAACAUCUUCUACUUCCUGAAGAUAGCAAACUUUUCUCACUACGUGUUUCUCUGGUUGAAAAGAAGAAUCAGUAGAAUUCUUCCUCUUCUAAUAGGAUUCUUGGUUAUUUCAGUGGUAAUUACUCUUCCACAAGUCAUGAAGGCUUUUAAUGAUAUCAAAAUGAAGAAUAGAAACACAACCUAUGGAUCCAAGAUGCAAAAAAGUGAAUUCUUUGUUCAACAGGUGUCAAUAAAUCUGGGAGUCAUCUUCUUCCUUACACUAUCCUUAAUUACAUGUUUCCUGUUAAUCAUUUCCCUUUGGAGACACAGUAGGAAGAUGCAACUGAACACAAUGGGAUUCAGAGACCCCAACAAUGAAGCUCAUGUGAAGGCAAUGAAAGUGCUGGUAUCUUUCAUCAUCCUCUUCAUCUUGCAUUUUAUAGGCUAUGCCACAGAAAUAACAUCUUCUGCGCUAGAAAACAAACUUUUAUUACUUUUUGGAGUGACAACCUCAGCCAUUUAUCCCUGGGCUCACUCAUUUAUCCUAAUUCUAGGAAAUAGCAAACUAAAGCAGACCUCUUUGAAGGUACUGCAGCAAUUAAUGUUUUGUGACAGACAAUAA